AGAUCUUUGGAAAUAAGCUCAGAACCCAAGUUGAAACCCUGAACCUUAAUCGCAUUGGCAUUUAAAUAACGGCGGAGUACUGAUCCAACGAUAGUACACCUCGCUCAAUGGAACCAAAACUCGUUUGGAAAGAACAAAAACCCCAAGGCAGCUUCCUUUGACAGUAGUUGUUGUCCUUGAUGAUAUCUAGGUGCAACUCGAGGUGGUACAUGUAGCAGCCUGACCGACCAUGACAUCCAACUUGGGAGAAGUCACUCCACUCGUUGGCGGCGGAGGAGACGAAUGGCAACGCAUCGGCUACCCUCACAACCGACGAGGCUUUCAAAAUCACAACGAUGCCGACUAUACGAUGUAUCCAACCUCCUUUGAUAAUAAUAAUGCUGAUCAAAAGGACCGACGGUCCCAUUGGAAUCGAUUCAAAGAGACCGUGGUGGGUUUUUGGCCAGUAUUACGGGGACGGAUUCGGGCCACGGCGUGUGCCGAUCGGGAUUCCAAGCACAUUGAUCCCGAACGACUCUGUUCUCCUCCUGCCUCGUCCUUGGAACGGUCCUAUUAUGAAGAUACCUACAAUGGUGAUAGUUGGGCUUGUUCGUUUGGGACAGAUGAAGAUGACGGAAUCUGGCUCAAUGUGCAUGACAGGGUGGGGACAAUCAUGUCGUCCACGGUUUGGAUUUUAGUCAUCUACUCGGGGAUCACGGUGGGAUUACUCUCCCAACACAAUCAUUUGUCGCCCAUCUUGGCCAAAAUAUACUUUACCAUUUGUGCCAUGGCACUUGCUAGUCAUGCCAAGACAUCCUUUACGGAUCCAGGAUCCAUUCCGUUGGCGGCAGUACCCGUCGAUGUAUACACUCCUGCGGCCCAUGCCAUGUGCAGUCGAUGCCAAUCCUACAAACCCAAAGGGACACAUCAUUGUCGAAUCUGUGAUCGAUGUAUCAGUGGAAUGGAUCAUCACUGUCCUUGGAUGAAUAAUUGUGUUGGAACUGGGAAUAUGAAACACUUUGUUCUCUUUCUAGUCUACACUUGGAUAGCCUGCGCCUUUGCACUCAUGAUGUUUGGAUGGAAUUACUUUUUCUGUGCCGAUGAAUCCUGUACUUUUUCACCCGUCUUGAUACAGCUCGUACGACUCAUGACGCUCAUGUGCAUUUCCGCACUCAUUUUCACAUCCAGCAUGAUUACCAAUGUCACAUUUGGGGUCAUGACGGGAGUAGGGACCAUUGACAGACUCAAAUUAAAAGCCGACAAUGCAUGGGGACUCGUCGACGAUGAACCAAUGGAACUACGAGAUAUUUUUGGGAUUGGGGAUUACUGGACGUGGGCAUUGCCCUUUUUUGACCCAGUAUUUGAAGAUUAUGAUUUGGCCAUGGGAUACAGCACACCGCAGCGAUUGUUACGGGAGCGUGCGUAGAAAUAUAUAUAUAUAUUGUUAAUACAAGAAACCACCCGACAAUAAAUCGAUGUGACUUUUUCCAAGGCAACAAUUGAGGCACAGAAACAAACACAGACUUGGUCGCCUCGCAGAGGACACGACAACCUCAAAGAACACAUUACAAAGGUCUGGGUCUAGUCUCUGAUCCAAUGCGGUUAGAAUGGAAGUUUGAUGAGGAGCGAGAAUGUGUUCGUUGAGGCAGUUCACUUUUUCCAUUUGAACGCACACACAGAUCUUCGUUGACUAGAUCGUCAAGCAUUGGUUUAGGCCAUUAUUCAACUCCGUUGAUGCCAUCAACAACAUAUCCUUUGAUGAACUACGGGCCUCUACUAGAGAAACCUAGAGGUGCUUUGCUAGUAGCAACUGCAAGAAUAAAGUUGAUGUCCACCAUGUUCUUUU